CUUUGUUCCCUUCUUCUUCUACACCGCCUUUCUCUUUCUCUCUCUCUCUUCUAAAAACUCUGUUCUUUCUUUUCACACAUUUUGUGUAUAUUCAUAUAUAUAUAUAUAUACAUCUAAAUAAUUUAUACAUCACACCAAAGUAGCUAGUAUGAGCAGCAGUGUUUGUUCGGAUCACCACCACCACCACCACCAGCUUUUUCCAUCAUCCAAGAAAACUCUCCUCCUCCGCGACAUUGAUAUCCCACCCAGAAAGCUACUCCUCACUCGCCGUGCUCAUCAAGAUCCCGCCGCCGAAAUGUAUUCCAAUUCCCCACGUUUCUCCUCCGCCGAGGAAACCCUCUUGCAGAAAUUCCUCCCUUUCAACAAUAGCAGCGCUGAAAAUGAUGAUGAUGAUUCCGAUGACCCUUAUUCGUCUGACCAUUUCCGGAUGUACGAGUUCAAAAUCCGGAGAUGUACUCGUAGCCGUAGCCAUGACUGGACUGACUGUCCUUUCGUUCAUCCCGGCGAGAAAGCUCGCCGGAGAGAUCCUCGGAGACAUCAUUAUUCCGGAACUGUUUGUCCGGAGUAUCGCCGCGGUGGUUGUAGCCGCGGUGAUAGCUGUGAGUUUGCACACGGUGUGUUUGAAUGUUGGCUUCACCCUGCCAGGUAUAGGACCGAGGCUUGUAAAGAUGGGAAGAAUUGUAAGAGAAAGGUAUGCUUCUUCGCUCACACUCCACGUCAGCUUCGUGUUUUGCCGCCUUCUUUACAUUCUCAGACAUCUUCGCCGGAGAUUUCUCCGGUGGGUUACAAGAACAAGUAUCUAAGCCACUUGUCUCCGACGGCUGCUGCUGCGGCUGCCGCCGGAUCGAACCACUGCUGCAUGUUCUGUUGUCAUUCAGUGACGUCAUCUCCCACUUCCACCCUAUUGGGUAUGUGCCAUUUAUCUCCUCCGCUCUCGCCCCCUCUUUCUCCGGCGGCCAAGCACGGUGGAUUCUCGCCGGUUUCUCGAUAUGGGUUGGAUCGGAUGCAUCAUGGUGGUGGUGGUGGUGGUGGUGUUAAUGUGAGUUACAAAGAUGUGCUGACUGAUCUUAUGUGUUCCUUGGAGGCUAUGAAUUUCUCUGAAACUUCCCCGGUUUCUUCUGCAACUAACUACCACCAGAAUCUUCCUUGGAUUGAUGUUUCAUUCAACAAUGAUGAUCAACAACAACAGUUUAUUCUUUCGCCAUCUACUCCAAAUCCAUCUGGGUCGGGAAAUUUUUUUGGUGGGGAUUGUUCAAGUUCAAACAAGAGCUUUAACAAUAACAAUAUUGAUCAUAAGCAGCUCAAUGUCAACAAUAGUGGGUCAUGCUCAGACCCAGAUCUUGGGUGGGUUAAUGAGCUCUUGAUGUAGAAAGAAAUUUCGCUAACCAUGAUCAAAUGACGAAACUGAUGGUGAUUCAGGAAAGUGUAUAUAUAUAUAUUGCACCAGCGCCGUAUAUAUAUAUGAGUAUUUUAUAUUUAUAUGGUUAUUUUGGUGUAUAUUAUUAUUGUCUGUUUUCUUUUUCUUUUUUUUUUUUUUUUUUUUGGUUUGUAUUUAAUGUCAUUUUAAUGUUUAAAGAAGUUGAUGUUGAUCUUCAAAAAUGUAUUUUUUAAGUUUUGAGUUCUCUUUAGAUAAGAGAGCUAGAUCUUGAUUUGGAUGAAUGUAUUGAAAUCGUAGUGUUUUUUAAUAUAGAUGUAUUUUAUUUUAUUUCAAA